AUGAAUAAUAUAAGUGUAAAACAUAAUAGUAGGUUAUCACAUCUAAUAAAUUACAAAAUCCGUGUGAUUACAAUUGAUGAUAAAGUUUAUAUCGGAGAAUUAUUAUCAUUUGAUAAUCAUAUGAAUCUUAUAUUGAACAAUUGUAUUGAACAAAGAAUACCGAAAACUCAAUUACCCAAGUUAAAAGAUUUGAAAUCAAAAGACAGUAUUCGUAUAGAGAAAAGAACUCUAGGUUUAAUCAUUUUAAGAGGAGAUCAAAUCUUAACUACAAUGGUGGAAGAUAAGCCUUUACUGAAUAAAAGUCAGCGAUUACAAAAGGAAAAACAACAAUCUAAGAUCAUUAGUAAAAAUAGACGUUCUAGAUAUUACAAUUCGAAAACAAAUAAGAGCAGUAGCACGAAUACAAAUGAAAAUAAAAAAAUAAAAAAUAAAAAUAAUAAUGUCAACAAUAACAACAAUGCUAAUACUAGGCCUGCUGGAAAUCCAACUAAUAAACCCGUUGUAAGGAAAUUCCAACCUCCACCAGGCUUUGUUAAGAGAUAG